AUGGGAAAGAUUAUCGUUCAGGUUUCGCUACCGCCAGACAGAUCGAGCAUUGCCAAUUUGCUUCUGUUAGCCACCCAUCUCGAAAGCAUAUCCAGCGAGAAAGCUAGAAAGACUGUCAAACUACAACCCUUCUUCACUGUACCGGCCGAGCUGGAGGAUACCAUGCCUGUAACUCCUGUAGCCACCGAACUUGAGCGGCAUAUCUCCAAAGCUUUCUGGGGUGAAUUUGAUGGGAGCUUACAGAAUCUUGCUAGAGGAACGUACAAGAUCGACUGGGUAGAUGAGGAAGAGAUGGAGAUGAAUUGCGGUGUACCUCUACUCGAGAGAUCUGUAGCUCUCGGGCGGAUAUGCGAGGAGUUAUGGCUAGCCAUCAUGAAUGUGUGGCAUCCAGACUCGUGA